UCCAACCCGGCCCCCGAGGGGGAAUCUUCCCCCCUAUAUUCCUCUUCCCCAUCUACCACACCCACAUCCUCGCCCUCCGCCUCCAUCUCACACGCCACUAACCCUUCAAAUUUCUUCAUUUUUAUCUGCACCCGACUUACAGAUUGUCGUGCAAUCCAACUGCUUGCUUGCUCGCAGUUGCAGUUGCAGGUGCAGUGGUGGUGGUGUUGGCGUGUAUGGAGGCCAGAAUCUCUCCCGGUAAUUACUUCCAGUAUGCUCCUGCGGGAGUUCACGGCUCGCUCCGGAGGUCUGCUUCUCUGACGGAUCGUGAAAGAUAUUUAGCAGAACUAUUUGAGGAGAGACAAAAACUCGGAUCAUUCGCUCAGAUUCUACCACUUUGUAGCAGACUUCUGAGUCAAGAGAUCGUGAGAGCAUCAGGACUUUACCAUAAAGUGUCAGAACUUGAAAGAGCAGGUAAUGACUAUCAUUUCAGGUCAUUCAGUGAACAGCCGAAUGGAGGGCGAAUCAACACAAUGGAAUGGACUGUUAUGCAAACUGAUGAAGAUAAGCUCCUUCAGAAAAUGGAUCCAUUUCAGCCCUCUGCGUUGAACUGGCACGCUGCCAUAGGAACACCCGCCACUCCAGUUGUGAAGAGGGUAAUUCGACUAGAUAUUCCCGUGGAAAAAUACCCAAAUUACAACUUUGUCGGCAGAAUUUUAGGACCACGUGGAAACUCUCUAAAAAGAGUUGAAGCAAUGACAGAAUGCCGGAUAUAUAUUAGGGGUCGAGGCUCCAUUAAGGAUUCAGUCAAGGAAGAUAAACUAAAAGAUAAACCUGGAUACGAGCACCUAAAUGAGCUGCUACACUUAUUGGUGGAAGCCGAGUUCCCAGAGGAUAUAAUCGAUGGACGGAUAGAUCAUGCUGUGGCAGUACUUGAAAACCUUCUAAAGCCAGUGGACGAGUCCAUGGAUGCUUACAAGAAGCAACAGCUAAGAGAAUUGGCUAUGCUAAAUGGCACGUUUAGGGAAGAAAGCCCGAGCAUGAGUCCCAGCAUGUCUCCAUUUAAUAGCACGGGAAUGAAGCGAGCUAAAACAGGAAUAUAACCCCUUUUUCGGUCAGUCCUUACAAUCAAGAUUUCUACCUGUAGAAACUGUGCGAUUUUGGCCAAAAUUCUUUGAAAUGCCGGCCCCAUGGUUAGGACAAGCUGGUCUGAUACUGCAUUGUUGAUGCCAUCGACAGAGCCGAGCGAAAUUUUGGUUGCUGCAAUGUGUCCCCCCCCCUACCUUUGGUAUUUAGAACAUUUGAUUUGUUUUAUUUAUUGUUGGGGUUAAUACUUACUUACAUCAUCGGCUGUAACAUUACUGUGUGUGUUUGCAGUGUUUUUUCAUGUCGAACUGAUUCUGGCGAACUACAACAGGAAAUUAAGGUUCGAGUUUUUGCGAUA